AUGACCAAGGUCUCUAUCCUCCUCGCACUUUUCAACCUCAUCCCCUCCAUACUGGCAAUAUGCUCCACCCAGUCCCCUUUCUACCCACCUCCGUCUUACAACCGUCAGUCCUCCGAGAUAUGGGAGGCCCUCGGCAGAGUGGAAGCCUCACUCUCGAAUUUAGUCCGCAACUCCAACAACCUCAAUACAUCGUCCUAUUCAAUUGAAGUCACCUCAUCACAGUCCACCUUGUGGUCGACGUUCCAUACAGCAAAGGAUAAAAAUCUCCCACGACCCGGAGCCGAGAGGGUUGACGAGACAAGUCGGUAUCGUAUCGCAAGUAUCACCAAGGUCUUCACCGUGCUGGGGAUCCUCCAACAACAUGCCGCGGGGAACCUCUCCCUCGAGGACACGGUGGACAAAUACAUCCCUCAACUCCGCGACUCUCAUCAAAGAAACGGAAGUACUGGUAGUAUCCAGUGGAACAAAAUAUCACUCCGAUCCUUGGCAAGCCAACUCUCUGGCCUCCCCCGCGACUGGGUCCAGGGCGAUCUCACGGACCCCGACCACGUCGACGCAACUACAAAAUGCGAUUCUGACAACAACUAUAAGCCCUGCACCGCAGAGGAAUUACUCGACAAUUUAACAAGGAGACCUGCCUUGUUUGCGCCGAACACCAAGUCAACGUAUUCCAACCUGGCAUUCGAACUGCUCGGGCUCGUAUUAGCAAACGUCACCGCCAGCCCAUACGAAGAAUACAUAACAACCUCCAUUCUCGAUCGCCUGGGACUGUCUCAAACAUCCUUUGCCAAACCACCAGACAGAGUAUCCGUGCUCCCCAAGGGCAAGGCAUGGUACUUUGACGUCGACGAGGGCGUGCAGAAUCCCACUGGUGGAUUAUACGCCUCUUCGAAGGACAUGUCCACUUUCCUCCGCUAUAUCCUCGGCAAGUACAAAGACAUCGCGGAUGCAAAGCUGAAUUGGCUUCUACCUGUAUCCUUCACGGCCGGAAUGGGGAGUUUCUACGGCAUGCCGUGGGAGAUUUUCCGCACCGACAAAAUCCUUCUCCCACACAAUACUGCAGGUCGCAGAGGAGAGACAGGGAGGGCCAGGACAGUGACCUUCUUCACCAAAGGCGGUGGUCUCCCCGGGUACAGGAGUCUCAUCCUCCUCGUGCCGGAAUACGAUUUGGGUAUCACGAUUCUCACCGCCGGAGACGAGACAUUCCUGGAUGCAUUACUGGAAAUGCUCACCGUCCCACUGAUCCGUGCCGCUGAUGAGCUUGCUGCACGGCAGGUUAGGGAGACAUAUGUGGCGACAUAUACUGCCCCUUCUACCAAGGAGCAAACGAUCAACUCCACAUUAGCACUAACUUACACGCCUACCCAUGGCCUCGAGAUCAGGGAGUGGAUUUCGAAUGCCACGGAUGUGUUGGGUAUUAUUUCCAAGCACUUUCAGUCCCCUAAGGACGCAAAAUUCCACGCUCAGUUGAUUCCCGCCGGCAUCUACAGAGGCGACGAGAAGCAAGUAGGAGAGGUAUGGAGGAUUGCGAUCGUGGUGGAUAGGGAGGUACCCCCGGAGCAAGUGCUAGGGCGAUCAAGCGAAAGCGAGAUCCAUGCUGGCUUGUGGUCAGCUUCCACGUCCGUGUGGGAUGAAUUCUGUAUCACUGAUGUGGAUAAUCUAAUGUAUGCGGGAAAACCAUUGAGCGAGGUUGUCUUUUGGGAUAGGGACGAGAAGACUGCCAUGUUUGGAAAGGUGGAAUUGACGGCCUUUAGGAUCAAUUUGACGCGUGCGGACCAGAAGGAAGGGGGAGGGCUCAAUGAGGGAAAGCUGAUCAAGCAGGAACUUUAA